AUGUAGUUCAGGAAGAUAUUAUUAGCAUUUAAUUAUAUAACAUAAUAAACAAGUGGAUUAAUUGAACAUUAGAAGAACAUUGUUAAAUUUUAAAGACUUAAACAUAAUUGCAAUUAAAAAUUUGUUAAGGAAAUAUAUUAUUUUCAAGGUAUUGAAAUAAAGAAAUGA